AUAUAGAUCAAAAUUCACAGAGCGCGAGGCGACCAACCACAGCUCUUCUUCUUCCAAUCCAAGACGAGCAAACCUCAAAACCCUGAAAUCAAUCACCUUGAAGCAUUUACAGUUCUCAGCACACAGGGAUUUUAUAUCAUUUAAGCGGUCUAUUCCUCGAGCUAAAAUUUGCUUCGGGAAUGAAUUUGGAAGAACCAAUGGACUUUGACGAAUACGAUUACCUGGAGAAGACAGUGGAGGAGCAGGAAGAUCGAGAUUCGAAGAAGAAGAAGAAGAAGAUGAAGGAGAGCAGCGAGAAAGGUGAAAGGAGUUACAGAAAGCUCGAGGUAGAUGAGAAUCUGGAUGGUGAGGAAAAUAAGAGCAAGAAGACCAGAGGAGACGAGGAGAAUGGGUCAAAGAAGGAUCGUGAUGACCGCGACAGAGAACGACCUGGCCGCGAAAAGGAGCGCCAUAGGAGUGGCAAGGAGAGGGACGAGGAGGGAGAGCGAGAGAGGAGUAAUAGAGAGAAGGAGAGAGACAAAGGGAUGGAUAAGGAUAGGGAGAGGGAUAGAGAAAGAAGAGACAAAGAGCGGGAGAGGGAUGGAGAAAGAGGGAGGGAGAGGGACAAAGAGAGGGAAAGAGAACGGGUGAAAAGGGAGAAGGAGGAGAGAGAGAGGUUCAGGAGAAGCAGAAGUCGUUCUGAUAGAGAGAGAGAGAGAGAACGAGAACCGGAAAUUAGAGAUAGCCGGAGAUUCCGAGACAAGAAAGAGGCUGCGGAGCCUGAGGCGGAUCCAGAAAGGGAUCAGAGAACUGUUUUUGCUUACCAGAUGCCCUUAAAGGCCACAGAGAGAGAUGUUUAUGAAUUUUUUUCAAAAUCUGGGAAGGUGAGGGAUGUCCGUCUCAUCAUGGAUCGGAAUUCAAGACGGUCUAAGGGAGUUGGGUAUAUUGAAUUUUAUGAUGCAAUGUCAGUGCCAAUGGCAAUUGCUCUCUCUGGCCAGUUGCUUCUUGGACAACCUGUAAUGGUCAAACCUUCAGAAGCUGAAAAGAACCUUGUUCAGCCUAAUGCUUCCACUGGAGCUGCAGGUGUAGCGGGACCAUAUGGAGCAGUAGACAGGAAACUUUAUGUGGGAAACCUUCAUUUCAACAUGACAGAGAGUCAGCUGAGGGAAAUUUUUGAGCCAUUUGGUCCGGUGGAGCUUGUGCAACUCCCUACUGACUUGGAGACAGGACAUUGCAAGGGUUUUGGCUUUGUUCAAUUUGCUCAUCUUGAGCAUGCCAAAGCAGCCCAGAGUUUAAAUGGAAAACUGGAGAUUGCUGGUCGGGCUAUCAAGAUUUCAUGUGUGACAGAUCAUGUUGGAAGCCAAGAUACAAAUGCGAAAACUGCAGACUUUGAUGACGAUGAAGGUGGAUUGACCUUAAAUGCUCAAUCUAGAGCAUUGCUUAUGCAGAAGCUGGAUCGAUCUGGCAUUGCCACAAGCAUUGGAGGGUCCGCUGGUGUGCCCAUUGUGAAUGGGUCAUUUCCUGCUCAACAGUCUGUUAGUUUGCCUAGUGCUCCUGGUUUAAUGCCUACACCAACUCCCCCAACACAAAUCGUGCCUUCCACUGUAGUGGAACCUGCGGGAAGCCCUAGCGAGUGUCUACUGUUGAAGAAUAUGUUUGAUCCUACCACUGAGACAGAACCAGAUUUUGAUAUUGACAUUAAGGAGGAUGUAGAAGAGGAAUGUUCUAAAUUUGGCCGGGUGAAGCAUAUUUAUGUGGACAACAAUACAGAAGUGCAGGAUUUGUGUAUUUGCGGUUUGAAUCAGUGGAAGCAGCAAGUGCUGCUCAACGAGCUAUGCACAUGAGAUGGUUUGCACGCAGGUUGAUUUCGGCUAUUUUCAUGGAGCCCGGGCUAUAUGGAGCCAGGUUUAAACCGGAAGCUUGAAGACUGGACUCGCCGUGUUUGACGAUAGCAGUCUCAUGAUUUGCUCAUUAGUUUUCACAAAUCGAGGUCCAAUUCUAUCGAUUUUGAUCGUUGAACAGUAUCAUGGAUGGUGAGAGAAAUUAUCAUGUCCAGAUGGUGAUGCUUAUGAUUUGUUGUGCCAUCUUGCAUCUCGGUGUAAAAACGUUGUGCGAUGCCUUGUCGGCCUUUUUAUAUUCUUGGUUUAUGUGUAUGACGCAGAAGUGGUUUUAUGUACAUAGAGAGAGAAUUUGCUGGACAGCCAACACAUUUGCUUAUCGAAGUGUGCUCUUUAACGAUAUUGCAAUCCUCUUUAAGCAAUUUUCUAGUAUUAAGGUUAUUGGAAACCCCUUUAA